AUGAUGAACGAAGUAAUUGAAGACAUAAAAGAUUUGAACGAUGAUUUCUGUGUGAUAUUAUAUGACUAUGGGACGAGCCUGGUGGAAUAUUACCGCUGCUUGUUUCAGCUCUAUUUUAAUCUUAUGAGUAAUGAGAUUAGUGCUUUGGAAACUAACUUUGACCUCUUUGAUAAAAUGACGUGGGUAAAACUUAUGGGCGGUGACUCUGAAGGGGAAUUUGAUAAAAAUCAAGGGUCGCUCAAGUCUCUAUCUGAUUUAAACGACAAAUUGGGAGUAAUCCAGGAAUUGACCAGGAAAACCAUUGUUUCAAAUUAUUCAUAUCUGGUUAAGUUUUAUGAAACAUGUUUCAGAUACGUGGAGUUUCCAAAUCCUCAGAAUUCCCAGGAGGAUCCAAAUACAAUUGAGGAUAAUGAAACAGAGUAUAAAAAGAGUCAACUCUUCACUGUUUCUAAAGAGCUUAAGAAAACUAUCAUGAAAGUAGAGGAGCUUUGUUUACCAAAAGCUCCCAAAAGUUCCAUGCAGUUUGACAAGAUGAAAUUUGAUAAUUUAAAGAAUUUUAAGGAAUUUGACAAUGAAAAUUAUAACUGGAAAAGUGUACCCAGCAAAAGCCCACAAGCUGAUAACAUAUAA